AUGGGUUAUUGCUCUGCUGAUGUCUGUCUUAGUACAGGUGAAGGCCUGGCACAGGUUUAUCGGAAAGCUGAGGACUUUUUCGCGCAAUCUAACAAACUUCAAUCCACAUCAAUCCUUCUUCGGUUUCUG